AUGGACAUGGCACUGCGUUCACGCCAGCUCCCCGACUCCGAUGAAGUGGAAUCUGUGUGCGACCGGCAGUUUCAUGCGCUGGACCGACAACGGCGCAGCUCAGAGGAGUUGCAACUAUCGCCAGGUCCGGCGGUGCCAGCACGGAUCUUUACAGACUCCUCCGUCUCAGGAGUCAUACCGUUCCCAGAAACCGUGUCCUCCGCGCGGAUGUUGACGCCGAUGACACCGGGAGCACCGCUCUUCAGCCUCAUACCGUCCACACCACAGACGCCAGGGCCCGUACUGAAUCGCUCCGUCACGGCUGGCUCUGCCACAGCAGGCGCUAACCGGGUGCCAUCUCACCAGCAAGGGCUCGCUUUGGGUCGCUCCCAAAACCGCGUCUACUCCUCCGGUGUUGCAGUACCGAAGCCUGCAACGGUCGAGCUGCAGAGGAUUGCCGACCAGGAAGACGUCAUCCGACCGGAGCGGAUCGAGACAGGCACCAAAAUCGGCCGCCACCGCCGCCAGUCACUUCAGGAAGAGCUAGCCGUCUUCCAGACCAAGUUUGAUGAUGACAGGAAGGUCGCGCAGCAGAACUUCGCAAAGAUGGAGCGAGUGGUGUCCAAAAAGAUUGGCUUGUCCGUCGCUGCGGUAUCGGAGAGAAGUCAAAGCUCUGGGGUCAUGUCUGAGAGCGACAAGUUUGGUUCGGAGGAUGAGUGCGACUUCCAGAUUCGCCAGUGUUUCGUCGUCUCCAGCGACCGCCCGAAGAGGCUUUCCAUGCAAGCUCGCGGCGGAGGUACAAGCCUAACGCAGAACCGCUUGGAUGAGGUGUCUGAGAAUCGUGGGGGCCGACACUGCCACGAUGGCAUGGCGCGCAGGUUUGUCCUCACGCCUGGCAGCAAAGCUCGUGCCGUUUUCGAUGCCUUUCGAAUGAUCUGCGUGAUCCUGGACAUCACCAUCAUCCCCCUGAACCUCUUUGAGUUGCCCUUCAACGCCACACUGCACACGAUUUCAUUGCUGACCUUGACCUUUUGGACCUUGGACAUCUUCGCUUCAUUCCGCACGGCCUACUUCGAGAAGGGCAGCUUGGUGUUCGAUUCAGCGAAGAUCGCAUGGCACUACCUGAGCAGAUGGCUCCUCUUCGAUCUAACUGUGGUCACGCUUGACAUCGUGAUUGAGUCUUCUACAGCCUCCAGAAAGUUCACUUUCGUGCGCAUGAUCCGAGUGGGACGGCUACUGAAGUGGAACCAGAUGUUCGCCUCCAUUCGGGAGAACAUCGACUCCCAAAUGUGGAUCACCCGGGUGUCGAUCAUGAACAUCCUCUGCCAGAUCCUUCUGAUGUACCAUGUCGUGGCUUGCAGCUACUGGGGGCUUGGACGAAUUAACGUGGACUCUGCCAACUGGAUCACGGAGUACAGCCUUGAGGAUCGCACAUUCGGCUACCAGUACACCACCACGCUGCACUGGGCCGUGUGCCAGCUAGGCCUCGGCUCCAACAUCAUUGAAGCCACAAACUUCGCGGAGCGGGUCUUCUGCAUCGUCGUUGUGCUGAUAGCGUUGGUCACUUUCUCGUCCUUGGUCAGUUUAAUGACGUCGCAGCUGACGAGCUUGCACAACGUCCAAGAGGAGGAGCAGCAACAGUUUCGCUUGCUGCGCAGCUUCCUCCUGCGGAACCACAUCGACCGGUCGUUGUCACAACGGGUCACCAAAUUCCUGCAGCACAGCUACACCAUCCAGCGCGAAGUUAUUUCAGACUCGCAGGUGCCCUUGCUGGCUCAUCUCUCCAAGAAUUUGCAGGGCGAGCUGCAAUAUGCGCGGUACCAGAAGAGCUUGAGUAGCAUGGCCUUUGUGGAGGCACUGGAAGGACAGAAUUUGCAGAACACGCAAACCCUGCACGACAUGGCGGUUCAG